GACGCAAGGAAUCCAUUUAACCGAAGUGAAACGCAGCCUAAAUAUAUCUAUGGCUGCAGCUAGACCAUAUUGGCCGUAAACCCUGCUGCUGCUGCCGUAAACACUGCCGUACAUUAGGAAGCAGCAAUGGCCGCGGAGUGAGUCGGUCCUCUUCGGUUUUUAUUUCUUCUUAAAGUUAAAAUAAAGUUAAAAUAAGUAAAAGAUCAAAUGCUGUCCUCUGUGGAGAAGCUGCUGGAGGACUUCCGGCUCUCAGCCGGCUCUGAGAUCUGCCGGAAACUCAAAGAAAGAGAAGAAGAAGAAGACUCGAAAACUGAGUUGCUGGCAGUGAUUGACAGGUUGUGUGUUGUCCUGCUGGAGGAUCUGAAGGCGCUGCUGAAACUCACCGAGACGCAGCAGGCCCUGCCCCUUUCUGAUCAGCUGGAGGUGAGCAGCCAAUCAGAUGCUGCGCCUGGUCAGAGCAGCCAAUCAGACGCUGCAACAUGUGGAAACAACCUAUCAGAGCAGUCUGCAGCGGAUCAGAGCCACCAAUCAGAUGCUGCCUCGGGUGAAAGCAGCCAAUCAGACACUGCGCUUUGUCAGAGCAGCCAAUCAGACACUGCGCUUUGUCAGAGCAGCCAAUCAGACACUUCACCAUCUGGAAACAACCUAUCAGAGCAGUCUACAGCGGGUCAGAGAAGCCAAUCAGACGCUGUGCUUUGUCAGAGCAGCCAAUCGGACACUGCGAUUUGUCCGAGCAUCCAAUUAGACGCUGCGCUUUGUCAGAGCAUCCAAUCAGAUACUGUGCUUUGUCCGAGCAGCCAAUCAGACGCUACAACAUGUGGAAACAACCAAUCAGAGCAGUCUGCAGAGGGUCAGAGCAGCCAAUCAGACACUGUCCCCCAUCUGCAGGAGAGAAGCUUCCCCUGCUCCGCCUGCAGGAAACCCUUCACAACGCGCCGCAGCCUGAAUGUUCACGAGCUCUCCGUGCACCGAGGCCUGCGCCCGUUCACCUGCAGCGUCUGUGGGAGGAGCUUCAGUCAGAACAGCGGUCUGAAGACUCACCUGCGCAGCCACAGCGGGGAGAAACCGUACGCCUGCAGUCAGUGUGAGAAGACGUUCUCCAGCACCAGCUCGCUGACCUCUCACCUGCGCAGCCACAGCGGAGAGAAACCCUUCAGCUGCGACACAUGUGGGAGGAGCUUCAGCGUGUCGGCCAACCUGCGCCGCCACCGAUUGGUCCAUUCAGGCCGACGCUCCUUCAGCUGCCAGGUAUGCAGCCGCAGCUUCUCGCAGGCGGCUCACCUGCAGACGCAUCACGCAGCCGUGCACAGCGGGGGGUCUGCCUUCCUCUGUGAGCUCUGUGGGAGGGGCUUCAGGCUAAGCAGCCGGCUGCAGGAGCACGAGCGCAGACACAGAGGAGAGAAACCCUUCGACUGCGCAGACUGUGGGAAGAGCUUCUCCUCGACUGCAGCGCUGAAACGCCACCAGAGGACUCACGGCAGGGGGGGGGAGCACAGCUGUGAGGACUGUGGGAAGAGCUUUAGUAACAGCAGCACCCUGAAGACUCACCUGCAGACUCACCUGCAGACUCACCCGCAGCCGCUGGUCUCUAAGCCCUUCAGCUGCGAUGUGUGUCUGCGCAGCUACAGCUCUCUCAGCUACCUGCGCUCUCACCGCCGCAGCCACUCAGAGAGGAAACCCUUCAGCUGCUCCACCUGUCAGAACAGCUUCUCCACCAGAGGCAGUCUGCAGCUGCACCUGCGCAGCCACAGCGGAGAGAAGCCCUUCGUCUGCGAGGUGUGUGGGCGGAGCUUCAGCGUAUCGCAGAACCUCGUCAGACACAAGCUGACGCACAGCGGAGAGAAGCCUUUCAGCUGUGAGGUCUGUGGGAGGAGCUUCAGCCAGAAGAGCAACCUGCAGACUCACCAGCUGACACACAGGGGGGAGAAGCUGCAGCCCACAGCCAAUCACAUCGCUGCUGACCUCAUCACAUGACCUCACCUGGCCUCAUCACCUGACCUCAACACCUGACCUCCUCACCUGACCUCCUCACCCGACCUCAUCACCCGACCUCCUCACCUGACCUCAUCACCUGACCUCAUCACCUGCCCUCCU